AAGAAAUCGGCAUAAUAAUAACACGGUAAAAGUAUAACUGAAUUAGAUUUAAUAUGUGAAUUUAAAUAUAAUUUAUAAUAAUAACAAUAAAAAAAAUGUCUACGAGAAGUCAGACUAAUGCAAUGGGUUUGUCUGAGGAAGUACAAAGGCAUUCCGUGCAUACAUUAGUGUUUAGAUCGCUCAAAAGAACUCAUGAUAUGUUUUUGUCUUGUCAAGGAAUGUUACCACCCAUCGACGAAGAAGCGGAAAAGAUUAAAAAACUUGUCAAGGCACGUGACUGUUAUGGGCUAGUCUUUGAUAAAGUAGAACGUAAUAAGAUAAACAUGAAGAAGUCUCAACCAAAUCUUCCUAAAUCUGAUACUGUUGAUACGUAUAAAGAUAAUCUUCCACUGUCCAUAACUGACAAUCCUGAAAAAAAUAAUAAAAAUACAGAGACUAGUAUGGUGUUAUCAAGUCCUAGUACACAAAACAUUGCUGCUGCUAAUCGCCUUAUUAAUCAUAUAAUGCCAAAGCCAAAAUGGCAUCCACCGUGGAAACUAUAUAGAGUUAUUUCAGGGCACUUGGGUUGGGUGCGAUGUGUUACUGUUGAGCCGGGUAAUGAAUGGUUUGCUACUGGUGCUGCGGAUCGAGUUAUUAAAAUUUGGGAUUUAGCCACUGGAAAAUUAAAACUUUCUUUAACUGGACAUGUGAGUACAGUAAGAGGUUUACAAGUAAGUCCUCGACAUCCAUAUUUAUUCAGUUGUGGGGAAGAUAGACAAGUAAAAUGUUGGGAUUUGGAACAUAACAAAGUGGUUAGACAUUACCAUGGACAUUUGAGUGCAGUUUAUAGUCUUUCAUUACAUCCAACAAUUGAUGUUUUAUUGACUGCCGGUCGAGAUUCUACAGCACGAGUAUGGGAUAUGCGUACAAAAGCUAAUGUUCAUACCCUCACUGGACAUACAAAUACAGUUGCCAGUGUUGUCGCUCAAGAAUUUGAACCCCAAGUUUUAACUGGAUCUCAUGAUUGUACCAUUCGGUUAUGGGAUUUAGCUGCUGGUAAGACUAGAGUUACUCUUACAAAUCACAAAAAGAGUGUACGGUCACUUGUCUUACAUCCUAAAGUAUAUAUGUUUGCCAGUGCAAGCCCAGAUAAUUUAAAACAAUGGACAUGCCCAGAUGGAAAAUUCGUUCAAAAUCUUACAGGUCAUAAUGCUAUAGUUAACUGUAUGGCUGUAAAUUCUGAUGGAGUAUUGAUGUCUGGAGCAAAUAAUGGUUCAAUUUAUGCUUGGGAUUGGAGAACAGGUUAUAAUUUCCAGAGAAUGCAGGCUCCUGUACAACCUGGAUCUAUGGAUAGCGAAGCUGGAGUAUUUGCUAUGGCAUUUGAUCUCAGUGGUACUCGACUUAUUACAGCUGAAGCUGAUAAAACUAUAAAACUUUACCGUGAAGAUGAUACUGCUACUGAAGAAAGUCAUCCGAUUAAUUGGAAGCCAGAUAUAAUCCGAAGAAGGAAGUAUUAAUAAUUUUAUAUUUAUUUAUUGAUAUUUUGAUUAAUAAAUAAAGAUGACAAUUUUGUGAUUAAAUGUUCAUGUCAAACAAUUUUAAGAGUUAAAUUUUUUAUAUUAAA